AGUCAGGCUAGAAGUGAAAUAACCGCUGGGUUCCUCAAUACUCAAGAGAGUCACAGAGAAGUGUGCGCCGUUCUCUGGCAUCCAGUCUUCAGUAUGAUUUGAGAAGAAAGCGUUGAAGAACAUCGUCUCUCCGAGGGAACCGUCGACAACCAGGCGAGCUUGUUUUCUGCUCCUUUGAACCGUUUUAGCGGCUCAGAGUUCUCACCCACAGCCACAUCAACCUCUGUUAUUGCAGGUUUUAUUUAAAGGAAGGAAGGAGUUUGGGUGUAGAGGCUAGAAUGUGAACAGCACCAGUCUGCUGAGGGUGUUGUUUGGAGAAGAUUUGCUGCACAAUAGGCUUAGUGUUAUCACUGCGUGGACUCUGCAACCUGGGCACAAAGACAGAGGGCUUUUCUGUAACAGGCGGGCCACAGUAUGGACGAGAAGGGAUCAGUGAGCUCCCAUCAGGACAAACCGGUCCCUCGAUGCAGCCUGGGCUCCAGUUCGGGCCUCCAUUACGGCGCUCUGGUGAACAGCGUUUCAUCGCUGGCGCCGCUCGCGUCAGACAAGCCGCCCAUUUCACAGAGACGCGCCUACGUGGCCAUAGCUGUGCUCUGCUACGUGAACCUGCUCAACUACAUGGAGCGCUACACGAUAGCAGGUGUGCUUUCUGAGAUCAAGAACUUCUUCGCUAUCAGCGACAGCACGGCAGGGCUGCUGCAAACAGUCUUCAUCUGCAGUUUCUUGCUCCUGGCCCCUCUCUUUGGCUACCUCGGCGACCGCUACAAUCGCAAAUACAUCAUGCUGUGCGGCUUGAGCGUGUGGCUUCUGACUGCAGCCGGCAGCUCCUUUGUCACCAAGUCGCAAUUCUGGCUUCUGGUUCUGCUGCGAGCGCUCGUCGGGGUCGGGGAGGCCAGCUACUCCACCGUUGCUCCCACCAUCAUCGGAGAUCUCUUCUCGGGGGGCCAGCGGAGCGUCAUGAUCUGCAUCUUCUACAUCUUCAUCCCUGUGGGAAGCGGUCUGGGAUACAUCACAGGGGCCGGGAGCGCUAGUCUGACGGGGGACUGGCGCUGGGCUCUCAGGAUCACGCCCAUCAUGGGUCUCGUCGGACUCGUCCUGAUGGUGUUCUUGUGCCCCAACCCUCCACGAGGGGCAGCAGAGACCCACGGAGAUGGAGUGACGGGCCACAGCUCUUACCUGGAGGAUGUAAAGUAUCUUCUGAAAAAUAAAAGCUACGUGUGGUCGUCGCUCGGCGUGACGUCUCUGGCCUUCCUCACCGGAGCGUUGGCUUUCUGGUUGCCCACCUUCCUGGCCAGGGCCCACGUCACCCAGGGCCUCCGACCUUCAUGCACUGGGGAGAGCUGCAACUCCACAGACAGCUACAUAUUCGGCGCCGUGACGGUGGCCACAGGCAUCCUGGGAGGAGCUCUGGGCACCACCAUAUCCAGGCAGCUCAGGGACAGGUUUUCACACGCGGACCCCCUCAUCUGUGCGGUGGGCAUGCUCGGAUCAGUGCCCUGCCUCUUCAUCACCAUUUUUGUUGCGUCCUCCAGCAUUCCAGUCACUUAUGUGUUCAUCUUCUUCGGCGAGUUGUUGCUCUCUCUGAACUGGGCCGUCCUGGCCGACAUCCUGCUGUAUGUCGUCGUACCGACCAGAAGGGCGACAGCCGAGGCUCUGCAGAUCACCGUCGGCCACCUUCUCGGCGACGCCGGCAGCCCGUAUCUGUUAGGAGUGAUCUCUGACGCCAUACGCUCAUAUCAUCCUGACACCAGCGACUUCCGUAGCCUGAUGUACAGCCUCCUUCUCUGCCCGUUCAUCGGGAUUCUGGGUGGAGUUUUUUUCCUCAUCACUACCAUGUACAUAAACGAAGACAAGAAAGCCGUUCAGCGACUGGUUGAAGGCCCUCAACCUCAGCAUGGCCAGACGCCGGAUUCCUCUAUGGAGCUGAGCAACAAGAAUAAUGUGUAAAAAAAAAAAGUCAAUGAAGAAAUCAGUCCAUUAACGAAGUUUGCCUUAAUCUUUGUCUUCUCUUUAUAAGUGUUUUACAAAUUGGCAGCAAAGGUUAUUUGUGUGUGUGUGUGUGUGUGUGUGUGUGUGUGUGUGUGUGUGUGUGUGUGUGUGUGUGUGUGUGUGUGUGUGUGUGUGUGUGUGUGUGUGUGUGUGUGCGUGUGUGUGUGUGUGUGUGUGUGUGUGUGUGUGUGUGUGUGUGUGUGUGUGUGUGUGUGCGCGCAACUUCGUGCCUGUUCCUGCUGCAGCUCCUCACAAUGGAACGACUGCUGCUCUCACCUCCCAUUUGGAGCCGCUUGCCAUGAUACUUGAAAAAUAAGUGUAGUUAUUUUUUUAUGUAAAUAAAAUUUUUUGUGUGUCUUAAAAGCAGGAAUAAAACUAUUCUUUAUGCUA